GACAUUUUUUUUUUUGUAGAAACCGAACUUUGUGUCAUCCGGGCCUCUCCGCCAGAUCCUGGAAUCUCACUGUCCUGUUAUAAUGGAGAAGUUCUGCCCAACGUUCUGGUGUCCUGGUGGGCGAUUACAGACCAUUGCUCGAGUUCUGUUGGUUUCAAGACCUCAUGUGUCGUACAGAAAUGAGAUUAUCCGGACUGAUGACGGAGGACAGGUAUCGCUGGACUGGACAGACGACGCUGACAGUGCCCAGUUCCCAGACGCUGCCUCUCGCCCCACUGUCUUAUUUCUACCGGGACUUACCGGGAACAGUCAGCAAUCCUAUGUACUGCACUUAGUGCGGCAGGCCAGCCGUGACGGCUACAGGAGUGUGGUGUUCAAUAACCGCGGCUUUGGUGGAGAGCAGUUACUGACACAUCAGACGUUCUGUGCAGCCAACACAGAGGACCUAGCCCUGGUGGUCAACCAUGUCUCCAGCCAGCACCCAACGUCCCCUCUGCUGGCCGUGGGGGUGUCCCUGGGUGGGUGA